AAAUAUAUUUGAAUGUUAAAUUAUUGGAGUAUAACAAAGGAGUAAUUCAUGCGCAGUCCAUAAGCAGAAACACUGAAACUUUGUACUCGCUACACAAAUCAUGCUGUCAUGGAAAGACUAUGAAUCCAAUUUGCAAGAAGAUGUUUGCUGUUCAUUAUGCGUUAUAAUACUUUGCAUAGAUUCCACAGCUCCUUCAGUCUACAGUCAGUUACAGCAGAGCACUUGUACUCUUUAUGUACUCUUUCUAAAUCAGUAUUCAGAGGACUUCUUCAAACUGCCUUAUCUGGUUUAAGCUUCUUUUAAUGGCAAGAUGAGUGUAGCUGAGAAAGUCUGUGUUUUUGUCUUUCUCUUACAAGGUGUUUGCUGUAGAGAUUUCAGCAUCAGUCUGCCAGAGAAGAUUGAAGCUCUCAGUGGAUCAUGUGUGAUCAUAAAGUGCACAUUUGAGAUUGGGAAAGACGAGGACAAAUACCUCACUGAGAGUGAUGCUACAGGAUUGUGGCUCAAAGAUGGAGAUAAUGCGAAUAACCAUCAAGUGUUUAACUCGAGAGAUCCCAAACCUGAUCACUUUAAAGGGGAAAUAACAGGAAAACUACAUGAGAAGAACUGCACCACUAUCUUUUAUGAUGCUAGUUCAAAUCAUAAUGGUGAAUAUUACUUCAGGAUUGAGAGUGGUGCUCUGAAAUACACCUUCUACAUGAACACCUCCACUAUAAAUGUCAUUGAGUCUCCCCCCAAACGAACAGUGAAGCUGUAUGUGGAGCAGAAGGAGGUUCAGGAUCAGGAGGAGGUGUUGGAGGGGAGCUCUGUGAGUCUGCGCUGCUCUGCUGAGACUCUCUGCUCCUCUCCUCCACCAACUCUCACAUGGAGCUCCACUCCCAGAAUCCCCCUCAGUGAGAGCAGCAGACAACAGGAGCUCAUCUCUGAUCUGAACUUCACUGCUGCUCACCGUCACCACAGAGUCACUUUCACCUGCACUAUAACCUACCAGCUACUGGACAAGAACAAAACAGCACAGGACAGCAUCACAUUACAUGUCCAGUAUUCCCCUAAAAACACAUCAGUUUCUGUGCUUCCCUCUGGCUCGGUGUUGGAGGGCAGUUCAGUGACUCUGACCUGCAGCAGUGAUGCAAAUCCAGCAGUGCUGAACUACACCUGGUCUAGAGAGAGUGAAGGACAGUUGAAACAGCUGCAGACUGGAGACACGCUUACCUUCAAUAAGAUCAACCAGACACAGGGAGGAUGGUACAAUUGUACAGCUCAGAACAAACACGGCACCCAAGAGUCAUCAGUGAUGCUGGACAUUCAGUAUGCUCCUCAAAUCUCCACUUCCUGCAGCUGUGUCAAUGGGAAUGUAAUUGAGUGUUUCUGUGAGGUUGAUGGGAAUCCCUUUCCUGAACUGGAGUGGCAUCUGUCUGGACGUCCUGUCACUAACUCUUCAGACACGUUCAUCAGUGAAGAGCGAUUGAGCAGCACAGUCUUGAGGAGCUCCAUCACUCUACAUCAGUCACUCACACACACAUCUCUGCAGUGUGUCGGCAGCAACACUCAUGGCACUGCAAGUCAACUGUUUGAACUGUAUCUCUUCUCUCAAGAAGCUUCAUGGUUCAACAUUUACUCCUUCCUGAUUGGUGGUGUUGUUGUUGGUUCAGUUAUGGUGAUAUUAUGUGUUACAAUGCUGAUUUACAAACGGAUCUGCAGGACUCAGAGGGGAGAUAAAACUGGACUCACUCGGACUGAUGGGGUUGUUUCACUGUACAAUGAUGGAGAUCCAUUUUAUGUCAAUAAAGUCAUGAUGUCAUCUGCUGGAGCCGCCAGACUGGGAUCUUCCUAGAGAUUUUAGCACACUAGCUUUAGUUAUUAACAUCUGCAUAUACAAUGGCCCUUAAAAAGAAUUUGGACACUUAAAGGAUUAGUUCACUUUCAAAUUAAAAUUUCCUGAUAAUUUAU